GGCAGUGUGCCACUACAAUACCCUUAUAGUGGUUGUGACAUCAAAUCUGUCAUCGUAUCAACAUGGAUGCAACUCUAGAAACAAGUGAAGAAACUGGGUUUUAUGACCGAAAUGCAGCCGCCAAACUACAUGAGCGAAUCGAGAAACGUCAGCAGGUGUUGGCAGAAGACGUUGAACGAAGAAAAGAGGCGAGACAGAGCCAGUCGGUGGCUGAGGAGAAGAGUGAAUAUUUUGUGAGCUCUUUCAAUGCGGAGCGAGCGGGUAUCCAGGAGCUUCUUUCCGGCUGUUCUGGAGCUGACCGACCCACUGUGACCCAGAAACUGGAAGAGGCCACGGCCAAGAUGACGCAGCUACAGAAAUUUCUGAACGACAGCAUGAUAUUUCUGAGCCAGUACCAAAUAAGAGUAGCUCAGGGUGCUCUGCAAAAGCUCCAGGCAUCUCUGAAUGAGACCAGAGAGGAGGCCCUGCCCAAGAAAAAGUUCGCAUUUAGAUCGAGAACCAAAGCUGCGGAGAAGGUCUCUGAUUCUCCUCCUCCUUCAUCUGAGACUGUGAGUUCAGGUGUCACCAAGGUGGAUGAAGCUACAAUCUCAGCGCAGACUGGCUUCUCCAACAUCAGCAACGAGUCUCUGACAAUGACGUCAGAGGAGAUCCAAAGCAGAGAUGUGCUGCUGACUCACCUGACCAACUGCAAGGUUCGUCUGUAUGGUUCUCCCAGCACCCUGCACCUGAAACACAUCACAGCCUGUGAGGUUCUCUGUGGACCUGUAGCUACGUCUGUGUUCGUGGAUCACUGCAGCAACAGUGUCCUAGGCUUGGCCUGCCAGCAGCUGAGGACCCACAACACUACCGACACCCAGGUUUACCUGCACGUAACCAGCCGGGCCAUCAUCGAGGACUGCCGGGGGGUGAGCUUUGCCCCGUUCUGCUGGUCUUACCCCACCCUGGACCAGGAUUUUGCUGCGUCUGGCCUGGAUCAGGACAGAAACAACUGGAGCCAGGUGGACGACUUCAACUGGCUGGCUGCUGGGACGCCGUCCCCAAACUGGACUGUUAUUCCAGAAGCAGACAGAAAAACCGCCUGGGAUCCUUAAAAUUGAAUGCCUUAAGAUGUUCUCCAAGUUCACAUGUUCAAUUAAAUUAAGUGGAAAAAAAGCCCACCUGAUAAUUGUCAUUGAUCCACUCAGUCUUGGAUGAUGCACUUAAGUGUAAUUCAUGUAUACAUUGAUUAUUUAAAAUAAAGUUUCUUGCAUUUUA